AUGGUCUUGGAGAGAACGAACAAUCCGUGUACGAAUCUCAAUCACUCCGACGCCGUUUGCAUAGCACAGAGUUACAUCACGACGUCUGCAAGUAUGGCGUCAUUCUUCUGGACUUCUGCCAUCGCGAUUUACAUUUUGUGUCAGCAACUGAGAGUCCAAACAGAGAUCUGCAAGGGGGAUUAUUUGUUGCAAUCUUUGAUUAUAACAUCGGCGGCCCUUGGAAUGGAUGUUCUAGGGGCCAACAACUCGGUAGGAACAGGGGGCUGGUACUGGAUAAGAAGCUCUUUGUCUAAUCGCACGCAGACAGUGUGGAUGCUAUUGGCGGGAAACUCCUGGGAAAUCGCCUGCUACUUGCUUACCGCACUUGUGUUCGUGAUUGCUAAGUAUUUUAAAUUAAACGAGAACGCACACGACGACGACGCCCCGCGCAAUUCUACAAACAUGGACCUCUCUGAAAUUCGAACCCAAAACAACAAGAUCCUCUAUUACUGCAUCAGCCUGUAUUUGUUGAGAUUAUGUAGAACGGUCAGAUUUUUUAUUGCUAUUGUCACUGGCAACAUAGAUUCGGUGGAAAUAAGUCUUAUGUUUAACCAAAAGGUUCUACUUAUCAUGCAAAGCAUCGGUGACAGUUGGCAAGGAUUUUGGAAUUUGUUUGUGUUCUGUCUGUUAGACGACACGGUUCGGGAUUAUAUUUGCGCAUGUUGCAGAAGUUGUUGCAGUGGUUCACCGCGAAUCGAAGAACUGGAACCAAUGUUACAGGAGUAAUACUGUCGCAAGUUGGUCUUCAACAGAAGCUUUACAUUUGUGCCAAAGCAACUGUUAAGAAUUAAAUAAAAUUAACUUCCACCUCUGAUUGAAUGUACAUU